UUAGAUUGCAUGUGUCUAGGUUAAAGCUACGGACGAUAUAAAAGCGCUCUCGAACAUCACUGAACACACACUUCUGAAGUUUCAGACCUCAACGGACACUCAGUCAUCUCUGCUGUAAAGCAUAAAUCAGCCAAGAUGUGCACAGGUUUCCUCAAAGUCAUGAUGUUCAUCUUCAAUGGUGCCAUCUUUCUGUGUGGCAUAGCCGGUCUGGCAGUUGGUAUAUGGGUGGUGGUGGACAGCGAUUCACUUCUUGGUUUAUUUGAUUCUGUGGAAAACGCCCCAACUGAGAUAUUCCAAGUGGUCGUCAUAGGCUACGUGUUGAUCGGCGUGGGAGCUCUGCUUUUGAUUGUAGGCUUUUUGGGAUGCUGUGGAGCUGUGAUGGAGAACAGAUGCAUGCUGCUGACGUUCUUCAGCAUCGUGCUGAUCAUCUUCCUCGUCGAGGUCGCCGGAGCCAUUUUGCUGUUUGCCUUCACUGAUGUUGUGGAUGAAAUGUUUGAGGAAUUGGAGGGUGAUGUGAAAGACGCCAUUCAAAGAAAGUACGGGGUUGAGAAUGAAAUGACCACGCUGUGGAAUACAGCCAUGGAGGAGUUCAAGUGCUGCGGAUACAAGAACUACACUGACUUUGAUGGCUCGCCUUUUAACAUGGUGACAGGGGGAUACCCCGGCCCAUGCUGCAGAACACCAGGCAUACCUUGUAAUGAGUCUGGAGCGCACAUGGCGAAAGUUGACGGUUGCUUUACUAAACUGGUGAAGUUUUUGGAGGAUAACUCUAUCAUCAUUGCCGGAGUAGCUAUCGGAAUAGCUGCUAUUGAGAUUGCAGCCAUGGUGGUUUCUAUGGUUCUCUACUGCAAUGCUGGCAGAAAGUCACGAUGAUUCACGUUUAGAACGAUGUUAAGAUCAUUGUCAUUGGUUAUAAUAUAAAACAGCUUCUCUGUUAAAAGUUUAUAAUGUGUUUAAUUUAAGCUGGCAAAUUCACACAUGAACAGAUAAUGCUCUUCAUGUGUUGAUUCGCAGAGUCCUAAAAUUUAUAAUGGUUAAUACUGCAUUAUAAAUUUAAACCUGUUUGUUUACAAUUGAAUAGUGAUUUAUUUAUAGCUUUAGAAUGUGUUUACCUCAGCUGAUGCCAUUUUUGCUGAUGUAUUAAACAGUGGGAUGUAAUGAAGCACAUUGAGGUGGCAUCUGUUGAGUUUGUUUUUCUUUUUAUGUAUUACUUCUAUUUAGGGCGGUAAUAAAAUAUGUUUAUUUUGUAUAUUAUAUAUAUUUUAUGUUUAGUUGGUAUUUGCCUGUUCCUAGAAACAUAUUUUUGUUUUUUUGCUUUGUAAUGUGUUUGUACAGCAGUGGUGCAUUAAAAAUUAAAGACAGAACAUGGCUGGA